AGAGUUAAGAAAGCCGUAAAGGUUUCACCGCUCCAGCCUGCAGAGGAGGUCUAGAAAAACUCAUCAGCAUCCUCUGUCGAUUAUCUCUUUCUCUCUCUGAAUUUGUUUGGGUGUUGGUUACUAUUUACGUAAAGUAUUGUAUUAUUCUGUUUCUUGUUUCUGGUUUUUUGGUAUAAGAAGGAAAAAAAGAAGAAGAAAAGAAAUGGUCUCUGGGCUAAUCAACGCUAAUCCAGUAAUUUAUGAGAAGAAGGAGAGACGGGUUCGAAGUGCUCCAAGUGUUGGUGAUGAUGAGCAUGCUGUUGAGCCUAUUGAUCAACUUGAAGUUUUUGAUCAUAUUAGAGACAUAAAGGAUCCGGAGCAUCCUUACUCUUUGGAAGAGCUUAAAGUGAUAACGGAGGAUGCGAUUGAAGUAGAUGACAAUCACAGUUAUGUCAGGGUGACAUUCACUCCAACAGUUGAACAUUGUAGCAUGGCAACAGUCAUUGGUCUUUGCUUGAGAGUGAAACUUAUGAGAAGCCUGCCACAACGUUACAAGGUGGAUAUCAGGGUUGCACCAGGAACUCAUGCAACUGAAUCUGCAGUUAAUAAACAACUAAAUGAUAAAGAGCGAGUAGCUGCAGCAUUGGAAAACCCAAACCUGGUGGAUAUGGUCGACGAAUGUUUGGCUCCAUCAUAUGCGUGAAAUAUUCCACCUACCACAGCUGAAAGCUUUCUGUACACACCUUCACGCGAGGCAGCUCAUGUUAUUACGACUACUGUACAAUUGCUUGUCAUUGUUCUUCACAUCUUUGUGUUACCCUGAUAUGUAUACAUAAAUGAGGUUCAAAUCCUUAGAAUGCAGUUGGAAACUGACCUUUGGUAGAGUUGAACUCUGGCUCUCACGGUGACUAUACGAUUUCUUCAGGUCUUGUUAUCUCACUUUUAUGUUUGUAUACUAUGAUUUAUAUAAUAGGUAUUGUGAGGUUUAAAUGAAUAACAAACAGUAUUGGACCCA